GGCUGAACCCGGGUGCUGAGCAAAGCCUGCCCCUGGCUUUUUCCCUCACCGCUUCAACCUGGAGGGUCCAGAGAUUCUAUCUAUUCACAGCUGAAAAUUAAGUGGUUUUUGCCAUCAUAUCUCCCCCCUUGAAGGAUAUGAAGUGACCAUGCUCCACUAAAUUGCCUUUCAGACUGAUAUGCCGUCAUUUCAUAAUCUUCCUCGCCAUCCAGCAGUCUGUAAGAAAAAAGAGCCUCAGAAGUUAGGGCAAGAAAAAGUAGGGGAAAAAUAGAAUGGCUUCGACAGUUCCGAUGAAUGCAGAGAAGGGGGCCAUUUGCCCUGUCUGCCAUGAACUUUUGAAAGAACCCACGAGUCUAGGCUGUGGCCACAUUGCAUGCAAAGCCUGCAUCACCACAAACAAGAAGAAUGCAGUGAUCAACCCCAGAGGGAGAAGCAGCUGUCCUGUGUGUGGUACUAGAUUCUCAUUUGAAAAUCUACAGGUUAAUCAACAUCUGGCAAACGUAGUAGAGAGACUUAGGGAAGUCAAGGUGAACCCUGACAUUGGGGAAAAAAGAGAUCUCUGUAUCCACCAUGGAGAGAAACUCCUUCUCUUCUGUAAGGAAGAUAGAAAGAUCAUUUGCUGGGUUUGUGAGCGUUCUCAGGAGCAUCGUGGUCACCACACUUUCCUCCGGGAGGAAGCAGUCAAGGAAUGUCAGGAGAAUAUCCAGAAAGCUCUCGAGAGGCUGAGGAAGGAACAGGAGAAGGCGAAGAAAUUGGAAGCUGACAUUGAAGAAGACAGAAUUUCCUGGAAGUGCCAGAUCCAGACUGAGAGACAAAGGAUACAAACAGGUUUUGAUCAGCUUAGAAGAAUCCUGGACGAGGAGGAGCAGAGAGAGCUGAAAAGACUUGGGGAAGAGGAGCAGCUGAUACUCGACAGCCUGGCGGAGGCAGAAGCUGAGCUGGCUCAACAGAGCCAGUUGGUCCAGGAACUUAUUUCCGGUCUGGAGCUUCGGUGCCAGUGGCCAGUGACAGAGCUGCUGCAGGAUAUGAGCGGUACCUUGAAAUGGAGUCAGAUCUGGACGUUGAAGAAGCCAAAAGCGGUUUCUAGGAAAGUGAAGAAGGUAUUCCAAGCUCCUGAUCUGAGCGACAUGCUCCGACAGUUUAGAGAGUUAACAGCUGUCCGCGGCUAUUGGGCGGAUUUCACAUUUAAUCCAGAAAACCUAAAUUUGAAUCUUAUUCUUUCAGAAGAUCACAGACAAGUGACAUCUGUGCCCAUUUGGCCAUUUAAGUGUUAUAAUAAUGGUAUCUUGGGCUCCAAAUGUUUCUCCUCAGGGAAACAUUACUGGGAAGUGGAUGUGUCUAAGAAGAAUGCCUGGACACUGGGAGUUUACGUUAGAAAACGUACUUUAAAGUUUGAUGUCAGGAGAGGCAAAAACCAGCCAAAUGUUUGCCACAGAUACAAACCUCAGAAUGGCUACUGGGUUAUAGGGUUACAGGAUGGAUCAAAGUAUAGUAUCUUUGAGGAUUCUUCCAACUGUGACCCUACCAUUCUGACCCCCUUUGUGGCUGCCCCUCUCCAUCGGGUUGGGGUUUUCCUUGACUGUGAAGAGGGCAUAGUGUCCUUCUUCAAUGUCACAAACCAUGGGUCACUCAUUUACACAUUCUUUAAAUGCUGCUUUUCCCACCCUGCUUAUCCAUACUUUAAUCCUUGGGAUUGCCCAGCUCCCAUGACCCUGUGUCCUGUGAACUCCUGAGUUUUUUCAUGCUCAUCCAUUUCUGAUAUUACUUCUUGCCUUGAGGCUCGCCUUCAUCUGGACAUACCUAUGCCAUUCAGGCAUCUCUUCCCGUGGUCUCCCUUCUGUACUUUAAUACUUUAAGUCAUGCCUAGAUGUGGUUAGGAGAGAUGCUUACCCAUUUACUCUUGUUGAUAUCCUCAAAGACAGCUCAAGUCAAGCCGAGAGCUAGACCAGUCAGUAAAAUAUCUAUGCCCUUCGACUUCUGUAUUUCCCUGUCUUCAAGAAAUGUGACAAAGCCGGUUAGCCACUCAUCCCUGUUAUUUAAACAAUCCAUAAGAACUGGCCUCGUAACCAUCACUAAUGAGACUAUGUUGAUUUGCCCAAGAUAGCUCAUGUUCAACAGGGAGUCAAGGAAUAGAAAAUAUAAGCAGUAAUGAGCCUAGAGUGGAGUUAUUUCUGGUCUACAAAUUCAGAUCCUUUCUCUCAUUGUAGCAGAGGUUUUUUUGUUUUUUUUUUUUUUUGGUUUUUUUUUUUGGUUUUUCGAGACAGGGUUUCACAUCUGUAGCUUUGGAGCCUGUCCUGGAACUCCCUUGGUAGACCAGGCUGGCCUCGAACUCACAGAGAUCUGCCUGCCUCUGCCUCCUGAGUGCUGGGAUUACAGGCGUGCGCCACCACCGCCCGGCUGAAUGCAGAGGUUUUUAAACUGUAAAUUGAAAUGCGUGUAACUUAAGAUCAUCGCAGAAUAUUAUUGGCCCUUGUUCCUUGCUCCACCUCGGCCCAUCCCAGGCUUUCCCCAUAUCUCAGCCUAUACAAG